CGCCCAUGAAGUUAUCACUUUCGUCGGUUUUGAGAAUUCAAACCCUUAAUAAAAGCCUAGUUAUGGCAAGAAGGGUGCUCUCAAGUCAGAUUUUACCUUCUUAUAUCAAUAACCAAGUGUCGAGUCAUACAUCAAGACAUUUGAUGCAAACUGGAAUGCAGCAAUUAAGAUUUAAUAGACUUUCUAUGCUUCACGUUAAAUCGCCAUUACCGUUCACCAGUACCAGUAGAAAUUCACUGAGCAUGUUGAGUGCACAUCAGCAGCGGUUCAUGACAACCGGCAAUGGGCUAACAAGUGACAUGCUACGAAGGGAAAUGGAAAACCUCAGCGAUCGAUUUAUGGAAGCAAAGGAACUUUUAGAUGAUGCAAGAGAAUCCAUGGGAACUGUUUACUUUAAUGACGAUCUUGAAGAUGCUGAUGGGGCUGUGGAGGAGACAUUGAAAGAAUACAAAUCUCUCUUAGCUCGGUUGAGUGAGGAGCAGAAACAAACCGUUAUGAGGACUAUUGGACUGAGGAUGGAGGAACUUUCUGCACAGCAAAUAAUGAUCAGAGAGUCCCUCAAAGAUUAACGGUUGAGAAAACCAACUUUUUGUUACUUCUUGGUUUUGCUUGUCUGUAACCUUUGUGUAUGAUUAAGAAUGGACCACCACACCUAUCCACCAGUAGUCCAGUGAUUAGACUUGCAAUUACAAGGGUGUGGGUUCGAACCCUACCAAGCUAACCCUGUUCCAGUGAUUGGACUU